CCGAACGAGCCGUGCUCGAUGUGCGAGGGCACCGGGCGGACGGAGUGCUCGUGCACGCGCUGGAGCGACGACGGCGAGGGUUGCAGCAGCUGCGGCUACACCGGCGUCCGCGUGUGCCCCGCGUGCCGCGGCGGCGGACGAGCGGUGCGCGUCACGCUCGAGAUUCCCGUCGAGCCCGACCCGGAGCCG